GCAUCCUCCUUAAUUCUUCCCGCGGGAACGUUGAUGUUGGGCCACUUGUCCCAAAAUGCCAAUGAACGUUCUGGCAAGAAGCGGAUUUCUGCUGGCGCAAAGACCGCAACUCCUAUGGAACAAUAGAACAAUCUGCAUCCUCGAGUCGGGCAUUCUCGAUCAAGUUCGUCAUUCAACAAAGCGAGGUGGCGGGAGUGCUUCGAAUCAUGGUGGCUCUCCAGGGCAACGUUUGGGUUUGAAGCUCUUCUCUGACCAAGCGGCACAACCUGGAGAUAUCAUUAUCCGCCAGCGCGGCACUCAAUUUCAUCCCGGACAGCAUGUUUACAUGGGUCGUGACCACACUCUACACGCCGAGAUUCCGGGUUUCGUUCGUUUCUAUCGGAUAAAACAAGGGAGGAAAACCCGCCGGUAUGUGGGCAUCUCAACAGAACGAGGAGAAAAGCUCCCACGGGACGAGGCCACUCGUGGUCGAAGUCGCUACUUUGGACUGGUGGACUUGAUGAAGAACGAAAUAGUGAACCUUGAUUCUCGAUAAGCCAGAGCUAGCUCAUGACUUUGGGAUUUUUUCAAUUUGAACCUUCUUCACGAGGCCAUAUUCAAAUGUCUAAUGUCUUAUUUCUACAAAUCUGUACACAAAGGUAAUGCGAUUUGUCCAGCUGCGCAACUCAUCAGGCGAGCUCAAGGUAUCUUUCC